AUGUCUUGGGCUUUGAGUUAUACUAGUUCAUAUUCAUUCACUUUUGCAUCAUGCACACUGCUGGUAAUAUUGUUACUACUGGGUUUGAGUAGCCAGAGCUGUAACGGGUUGGGGACAUUUGGGUUUGACAUUCACCACCGGUUCUCGGAUACGGUUAAGGCAAUUCUUGGCGCUGAUGGGCUUCCAGAGAAAGGAAGCGUAGAGUACUAUGCUGCCAUGGCCCGCCGUGACCACAUAAUCCAGGGCCGUCACCUUGCCGCCAGUAACAACCAGUCGCCACUCACUUUUGCCAAUGGAAACAAUACGCUUACCGACCCCAGUUUGUCAUUUCUGUAUUAUGCUAAUGUUUCUGUGGGGACACCAAGUUUAUCAUUUUUGGUGGCGUUGGACACAGGCAGUGGUUUGUUCUGGUUACCAUGCGAUUGUCAGAAAAACAUAGCUGUCGGUUGCAAUACCUACACGUACCUAUCAUCUGGAGAGGAAAUAAACCUUAACAUUUAUAGUCCUUCUGCAUCAUCAACAAGUGAAAAAGCUCCUUGCAACAUCAGUACCUUGUGCGAUCAAAAUCAAUGUCUUUCAGCUAGUAGUGACUGUGCUUAUACGUAUGGCUACGUCGAUGGUUCAUCAAAUUCUGGAAUCUUAGUAGAGGAUGUUUUGCACCUAAUUAUGGAUGACAAUCAAUUAAAAGCUGUUGAAGCUCAAAUUACUUUUGGUUGUGCACAAAAUCUGGUUGAAGUUAUAGUAAACGGUUUACUUGGGCUUGGAUUUGAUGACUUAUCUGUUCCUAGCAUCUUAGCAAGAAAAGGGCUAGGUUCAAAUUCUUUUUCUAUGUGUUUUGGACCUGAUCAUGAGCAUGGGAGAAUAACUUUUGGAGAUGGUGGCAGCUUAGACCAAAAAGAAACGCCUUUCACCAUUAUGCAAUCACUUCCAUAUUAUAUGAUCGGCCUCACUCAAAUAACUGUGGGAAGCAGUAGUUCUAAGCUGGAGCUUAGCGCCAUCUUUGACUCCGGUACAUCGUUAACCAUACUAAGAGACCCAGCUUAUACAUUUAUUACUGAGAGUUUCGCUUCCCAAGUCAAAGAAAGGCCAUCCAGUUAUCAGUCGGGCUCCAUUAAUGGCAUUAACUUAGAUUACUGUUAUGACUCCAGGGCAAAUCAAAACAGUAAUUUGAAUUUCCCUAAAAUCAGUCUGACAUUGAAAGGUGGAGGAGAAUAUUUUGUCAUUGAUCCAAUAUUACCAAUGGUUACUAAUCAGGGCGGAUAUUUGUAUUGCUUGGGUAUUAUCAAAGGUGGAGAUUCUGACUAUAAUACCAUAGGACAAAACUUCAUGACUGGUUACCGCCUAGUUUUCAAUCGUGAGAAGAUGGUAAUAGGUUGGAAGGCAUCUGACUGUGGCUACAACCCAUCACAAUCUCCUCCUACACCUGUUGAUAAUUCGAACUCUCCGCCACAGUCUCCUACGGCACCCAAUGGUAAUUCGAACUCUCCACCAGAGUCUCCUCCAGCACCCAAUCGUAAUUCGAACUCUCCACCACAGUCUCCUCCGGCACCCAAUCAUAAUUCGAACUCUCCACCUACUACUCCAUCACAGUCUCUUCCUUCUUCUCCUCCACUAGCAGCAGGGAGUCCUGGAAACGAUUAUCAUGUACCGACAACACCUCUAUCCAUGAUCAAUCAUUCACCAGAGUUGAAGUCUUUUACUUGCGCCCUCAUGAUGCUUCUUGUUUCUUUCUUUGCCAUUAUGUGA